AUGGCUGGGGGAGAGUUCGUUUUCGAGAACGAGUGGAUCUUCCCGGAUCCGCACGGGCCCAGGACCCUGGCAGGUGAGCUGUCGCUCAUUGGGGAGUUCCAAAGGGGUGCACGGUGCACUGCCUACUGCCCUUCCGAGUCGCAACUUGAGUCGCAGACUCGUUGCACAACCAGACUGGCGCUUACCGGAUCACCUGGAUCCUGGUGGCGGUCGUGA